AGGAGCAUCAGUGUCACGGUAGCGAUGAGAGAAGGGAAAUGUGCAGCUGCGGAUCCUUGUACUCUUCUCCUUAGCAGUGUGUGAUGAGGGAUGUUUUGAAAUGAUGAUGAUGAUGAUGAGUGGCCGCCAUGCACGUGCUCAUCACCUGCCUCAUUGCCCACCUGUGCUUACCGGCCGCAGUGGGCUACCCAGAGUUGCUGUUUGCUAAUCGUAAGGACAUUCGCAUCAUUGAGGUUGGAAGGGAGAGACAUCACAUCAUUGUAAAGGACGUGACAGAUGCAGCAUGUGUUGACUACUACUACAAGGGGCAGCUGGUGUGUUGGACAGAUAUCGACAAUGAGCUCAUUAAGUGUGUGCAGGUCAACAGCACCCAUGGCACUAAGGACCAUACCCAGGUGACAGUAAUCUCCCGGGGCAUUGUGUCCCCGGAUGGCCUGGCCGUGGACUGGCUGGGCCGCAAACUGUACUGGACAGACUCGGACACCAACAAGAUAGAGGUCGCUGGUCUGUACACAGCUGCCCACCGCCGUGUUCUAUUCUGGCAGGACCUCGAUCAGCCCCGGGCCAUCGCGCUGGUGCCCUCGGAGGGCCUAAUGUUCUGGACCGACUGGGGGGAGAACCCAAAGAUAGAGAGGGCAGGGAUGAACGGGGAUGCUGCCACCCGCACUGUCAUCGUCCAGGAGGAAAUAUUUUGGCCCAACGGUCUUACCAUCGACACAGGACGGCGAGUCAUCUACUGGGCGGAUGCUAAACUGUCAUACAUCGCUUCUGUGGACUUUGAUGGCCGACGGAGGAAGAAGGUGGUCCAGGAGAAGCUGCCUCAUCCCUUUGCCCUCACCUACUUCAACCACACCCUGUACUGGACCGACUGGGAGACGAGGGCCAUCCACUACUGCACCAUUGAUGAUGGGAGAGCGUGCCAGGAACAACACCAACUGGGUGCCGGCUUGUCUCCGAUGUAUCUUCAUGUUUACGACCCAGCCCAACAGCCCCCUGCCGACACCCCAUGCCAGCGGGCCAAUGGGGGCUGCAGCCAUCUCUGCCUGGCCGCCCCUCCUCCCACUCACUACUCCUGUGCCUGUCCUACUGGGGUGAAGCUUCUUGAUAAAUUUAAUUGUUCAGAUGGACCAGAGGAAAUGCUGAUCCUGGCGCGGCGUACAGAUCUUCGCCGCAUCUCCCUUGACACGCCUGACCACACUGCCGUCGUGAUCCCUGUGUCGGGUGUCAGGCAUGCCAUCGCAGUGGACUAUGACCCCAUUGAUGCCUUUGUGUACUGGACCGAUGACGAGGUGGAGUGCAUUCAGAGGUCACGGCUUGACGGCACGCAGCAGGAGGUCGUCGUAUCACGGGAGGUGCGUAAUCCUGAUGGUGUGGCGGUGGACUGGGUGGCCCGGAACUUGUACUGGACUGACACGUGGCCAGACCGGAUAGAGGUGGCCAGGCUGAAUGGGACGUCUCGGAAGAUUCUCAUCACCGACAACUUAGAUGAGCCAAGGGCCAUCGCGAUAGACCCCGAUGAGGGCCUUAUGUUCUGGACGGACUGGGGGAGUCACCCUAAGAUAGAAAGGGCGGCCCUGGAUGGCACCAUGAGGCAGCUGGUGGUGGGCACGGACCUGGGCUGGCCGAACGGGGUGGUUAUUGACACCAAGCUGAGGAGAAUCUUCUGGUGUGAUGCUAAGAUGGACGUUAUCGAGACAUCAUUGCUGGACGGGACAGAGAGGCAGGUGGUGCUCAACGACAGGCUGCCACACGUCUUUGGUCUUUCCCUCCUUGGCGAGCACAUCUACUGGACGGAUUGGCAACGGCGGAGCAUUGAAAGGGUCAACAAACUUACUGGAGGGGAGCGAGAGGUGAUAGUGGAACAGCUGCCAGACUUGAUGGGGUUGAAGGCAGUCAGCAUUCACCAAGGGCAUGGCAGUAACCCAUGCAAGGAGAACAAUGGGGGCUGUUCACACCUGUGUCUCAAUCGUCCCACUAAUUACACCUGUGGUUGCCCCAUUGGGUACGACCUCACUCAGAACGCCCGUCAGUGUGUCAUCCCCGAGGCCUUCCUGCUGUACACUCGAAAGGAGGACAUUAGACGCAUCUCUCUCCUUACCAGCCACAACGUUCCCAUCCCUGUUACUGGCAUUCAGGAGGCUGUAGCUAUAGAUUUUGACAGCAUCGACAACCGGCUCUACUGGACAGACAUCAGUGUGAAGUCCAUCUCCCGCGCCUUCAUGAACGGGUCGCAGAUGGAGCCCGUGGUGGAGUUUGGACUGGCUUACCCUGAAGGAAUGGCCGUCGAUUGGCUGGCUCGGAAUAUAUACUGGGCUGACAUGGGGAACAAUAGGAUUGAAGUGGCACGUCUGGAUGGAAGUUCCCGGAGAGUUUUGUUGUGGCAGAACAUAGCCAACCCAAAGUCCCUGGCCCUUGACCCCAGCCAGGGAUACAUGUACUGGUCUGAGUGGAAGAAGGAGCAGCCUAGCAUAUCCCACGCACACCUGGACGCCUCGCAGCCCACCGUCAUUAUCACAAAGAUGGGGCGGAGUAAUGGACUCACUAUCGACUUCAAAGAUCGCCGUCUUUACUGGACUGACAUUGAUAACUUCCUAAUUGAGAGCAGUGACCUUAAUGGGUAUAAUAGAGAGGUCAUUGUUCGCGACCUGCCGCAACCUUACGGCCUCACCCUGUAUGAGAAUUACGUCUACUGGGCUGACUGGAAGACUGGGACCAUUGAGAGAGCUAAUAAGACUAGAGGGGAGAACAGAAUAAGAAUACAGAGUCAGCUGGACUUCAUCAUGGAUAUCCUUGUAUUUCACUCUUCGCGUCAAAGUGGCCAGAACGGAUGCUCCCACAACAACGGCGGCUGCUCACACCUCUGUCUGGCCGUUCCGCACCUCCACAACGGCACACACAACCACACCUGUGCCUGCCCCACCCACUACACCCUGGAUGCUGACGGCUUGACCUGCAAGGCUCCAGCAUCAUUCCUCCUCUUCAGCCAAAAGACAGAAGUUAGCAGACUGGUGGAGGAGAGUGGAGAAUGCCCAACACUCAUCCUUGCUAUUCACAACAUGAGAAACGUACGCGCAAUAGACUUCGAUCCGCUGGAGGAAAUGGUUUACUGGGUGGAAGGACGGGGCCACACCAUCCGCCGGGCCCACCAGAACGGAUCACACGGACAGCUGUUUGUGACGAAUGACAUGGAAAAGAUUUAUCCGUACGACUUGGCGUUGGAUCCAUUCUCGAGGCUUCUGGUGUGGUCGUGUGCCCGUAGUAAUGUCAUCAAUGCCACUAGGCUGGAUCGCACGCAGCUGGGCGGAAUAAUAGGGCAGGGCGGACAGGACCAGCCGAGAGCCUUAGCCAUCCACUCCAUCCUUGGCCUCCUCUUCUUCACCAACAUGGUCUCCCCACCGAGAAUCGAGAGGUGUCGCCUGGAUGGUCGUGGAAGGCAGGUGGUGGUGGCGGAGGGUCUUAUCACCCCAUCCGCCCUCACUGUGGAUGUGGAAGACGAUUUGGGGGAUGAUUUCAUUUUCUGGACGGACACAGCAACGAAACGGAUCGAAACGGCGAAUUUGAAUGGGGACAACCGGAAGGUGCUGGUGGAUGAGGGUCUGGGCCAGCCGGUGGGGUUGGCGGUGCAUGGGCCAUUCCUCUAUUGGGUGGACCGGGAGCUGUCCCACAUAGGCCGGGUUCACAAGUUCACCGGGCAGGAGAGAGAGGUCAUCCAAGGUCGCAUUCCUUACCUCUCUGAUAUCAUUGGUGUUUCUCCCUUCUUGUCCCAGCAGAUGCGCAUACACCCGUGCCACAAUGGUAGCGAGUGUAGCCACCUGUGUCUGGAGAGGGACGGCCGCCAGGUGUGUUCCUGUCCUGCUGGCCGAGUGUUGGCGGAUGACCUGAAGACCUGCAUUCUGCCCCCUAGCUGCAAGCCGGAGGAGUUUAGGUGUCACUCAGGAUCUGUUGACUGCAUUCCUAUCAAGUGGAGGUGUGAUGGACAGACAGAGUGUACAGACAAGAGUGAUGAAUUGAAUUGCCCAGUUCUCCCCAUCUGUCAGCCGUCACAGUUUAGAUGCGUCAAUAGCAAGUGUAUUGAGAAGGCGUGGGUGUGCGACGGGCAACGGCAGUGCAGCGACGGCAGUGAUGAGGUGGGUUGCUGUGGGGCAGGACAGGUGCUCUGCGUGUCAUCCGGGAACUGCGUGGACACGGCUGCCCAGUGCUCGGGGGCAGCACGGCGCCCCUGCCCCGACGCCCCAGACCUGGCCCUGUGCUCCACCUGGGUGACGGUGCCCCCUGAGGCCUCUGAGGGGGCGGGGGGACGUGCGCCGUACAUUGUGGGGGUGGUGGCAUCAGUGGUGGUGCUGGCUUGUGUGGCGGCCCUGCUGGUGUACUACCGUCGUCGCCCUGCCCUCCUGGAGGACCACGAGCUGGAGCCCCACCCUAAGCCUGGCCCCGCCCCUCAGGCCCUGGCCCCUGCCCCCACGCCAGUACCGCCUGGUGAUGACCUCCUGGGGCAAGUCCUAUGCCCCUAUGGUGGGACCCGAGGCACCGCCGGGGAGCCACGGCCGCCACUGGGUGCUGGUGGAGGGCAGGUGUGCCGUGUGGUGCCGGGGGCAGGGGGGGCACGGGGCGGCGUGUAUGAGGCGGCACCAGCCACUGGGGCGUCCUCCUCCUCCUCCUCCAUGACUCACUACCCCAGGGAGACCCUUAACCCACCCCCUACCCCAGUUGCGGAGGGGCGGGGGACACGCUGCCCCGAGCACCACUGCUGCUACAACCCCCACCACGCCCCUCCCUCCACUCUCCACUCCUACCGCCACUACAAGACCCGGAAUCGCCCUCCGCCCCCCACCCCGUGUUCCACUGAUGUGUGCGACUCAGACGUGUACUCCUCUGCCCUCUCCCCCGUGGCCCACGCUGCUACACGCCCCCUCGCCCCCCACACACUACCACUCCUCCCCUCCCAUGACAGACUAUGACUCUGACCCCCACCCCCACCCCCCACUCCCCAGAUGCCCUACAUGUGUGAGCUGGGCUCCUGUCGUCCCCCAACCUCCUGCCCUCCCUCCCCCUCCACUGAGAGGUCCUACUGCACCCGUGCCCCCUGUCCCCCGCCCCCUUCCCCCAUCACCUCAGACUAAUACCCUCGCCCCGUACCACCACCACCACUACCACCACCAUCACAACCCGCACCAAUUAAUAUAUUUUAGAUUGUUAUUUUUUGUAUUCAAUUUUUUAUACUUUUAUAUCCUCCCUUGCUUGUUAUCUCCCUUCACUCCAUUUUUAUCUCCCUUUCUCUUUUGUUUUUGAUCCCUUCCUUUUCUUCAUAUUUUGAUUUGCUUUAUUUCUCUUAUUCCCUCUUUCAUCUCCCUUUCCUCCAUUUUUAUAUAUUCACCUUGCCCUAUUAUUGUUGUUAUUAUUAUUAUUAUUAUUAUUAUUAUUAUUAUUAUUAUUAUUAUUAUUAUUAUUAUUAUUAUUAUUACUACCAACCCCAGUUCCUGUCCAUUUUUUACAAGUUUACACACACACACACACACACACACACACACACACACACACACACACACACACACACAUAUAUAUAUAUAUAUAUAUAUAUAUAUAUAUAUAUAUAUAUAUAUAUAUAUAUAUAUAUAUAUAUAUAUAUAUAUAUAUAUGCAUAAUUUAUAUAAAUAUGUAUCUAUAUAUAUGUAAAGUACAAAAAAAUAUUAUAAUAUGUUGAUUAUUGCAUCUUGUGAACAGAUUAAGAGAAAAUGUUUAAAUAUAAUUCCUUUUCUUUUUUCUCUUCUUUUUUAAAUUCUAUUUGCUCUUUUAUAUUCUGUUCUCUGUUUUCAAGUAUCUCUCUCUCUCUCUCUCUCUCUCUCUCUCUCUCUCUCUCUCUCUCUCUCUCUCUCUCUCUCUCUCUCUCUCUCUCUCUCUCUCUCUCUCUCUCUCUCUCUCUCUCUCUCUCUCUCUCUCUCUCUCUCUCUCUCUCUCUCUCUCUCUCUCUCUCUCUCUCUCUCUCUCUCUCUCUCUCUCUCUCUCUCUCUCUCUCUCUCUCUCUGCCUUAUGUCUGCAUCAAGCCUUCAUCAGUUUGUUUUGGCUUAUUAUAAUUUCUCUGUCUCUCUCAGUAUUCUGUCUGUUUUGCUAAAUCCUGGUAAUGUUGUUCUACUACUAUUACUACUACUACUACUACUACUACUACUACUACUACUACUACUACUACUACUACUACUACUACUACUACUACUACUUCCUUCUAAAUGUAUCUUAACUUCAUAAAAGGCAGAAUUUGAAGAAGAAAAAAAACAUUUAUUUAAACAUUUCUCUCCUUACAGAAGACUUUACUUAAAAAAAUUUUGAUAAACAACAAUUUCUUGCCUUUUUUUAAUGUGAUAGCUGAAUGGCCCCCUUAAAAUAGGAUCCCUUUAAAUAACUUCCCCCUUAUUAAAUAAUCCCUUUAAAUUUCCCCUUUCCUGCUCCCAUUUCCCUCCCUCCCUCCCUCCCUCCCUCCCUCCCUCCCUCCCUCACUCGUAAACCUGACCUCGCCUAACCUAAUAUUAAUGAUUUUUUAUUACUUCAAGGUUUUAUACAUAUAUAUAUAUUGUAAUAAGGGCAUUUAAAUCUCCCCUUUCCUCCCUUUCUUCUUUAUCUUCUCUUCCUUAUUUCCUUCUUAUUUUCUCUUUCUUUUUCUGUCCUAUUUCUCUCUUUUUCUUAUUUUCGCUUUGUUCUCUAUCUUCUUUCUCUCCCUUCUUCCUCUUCCUCCACUUUGUCUUCUCGUCUCAUUUUUCUUCUCUUCCUUUCUCCCUUUAUCUCCUUCUCCCUUUCUCUCCUCUCCUCCCUUUAUCUUCCUUCCACUCCCUGUCUCUCCAUUCUGCUCUUCUUCCUCUUUUGUCUUCUUAUAUCCCUCUUCUUUCUCUCUUCUCUUAUCCCUCUAUCCUCCUCCUCCUCCUCCUCCCUUUUCCCCAAAAAGAAAACCUUAUCGAUAAACUUUUUUUAUUAUUUUUUAAUGAUAAGACAAUGCCAAGAGUGUCUUAUGUGAGAGAGAGAGAGAGAGAGAGAGAGAGAGAGAGAGAGAGAGAGAGAAUAGUAGUGUUUUUUUUUUUUUUUGAGUGAAAGGAAUGAAUGAAGAAAAAUUGAUGGUUUUAAAAAUUAAGAAAAUUAAAAAUAAUGCAAAAAAAUAUAUAUAGCCAUAAAUUCUUGUAUAAUGUAAACACACCCACAGAAUUUUUUAUAUAUAGUGUAUAGCAAAACAUUAUUAUCAUUAUUAUUAUUAUUAUUAUUAUUAUUAUUAUUAUUAUUAUUAUUAUUAUUAUUAUUAUUAUUAUUAUUAUUAUUAUUAUUAUUAUCACUUACGGGCAGAUGUGGAUGGAUGGAUGGUUGAGUGGAUGGCAUUGCACUAGUCAGGUGGAUGCAGUGGAUGAAUAGUGGUGAAGGAAAGGAAGGAAGGAAGAAGAACUGAAGAGAGAGAGAGAGACAAGGAGAUGGAGAAGAAAAUGAAGGAAGAAAGGAACUGAAGAGAUAGAGAAGAAUAAUGAAGGA